CUCCUGCUGGCACCAGAGCGCGCGCUGAUCCAGCCCUGCGCUCGCCGCUGCCUCUCGUGCACACAACGGCUCACACGCAGCCAUGCCUCCGUUUGAGAGAACCGCGCCGCAGAACAAACCUUUCAAACAGAGGAAAAGCUUCGCUACACGGAGACAGGAGGUGGCAGGGAUACGGGCGAAGUUCCCCAACAAGAUCCCGGUGAUCAUCGAGCGCUACGAGCGGGAGAAGUAUCUACCUCCGCUGGAUAAAACCAAGUUCCUGGUGCCGCACGAACUCACCAUGGCUCAGUUCGUCACCAUCAUCAGGAACAGGAUGGCGCUGCUGCCCACUCAGGCUUUCUACCUGCUCGUCAACAAGACUGGGCUGGCCAGCAUGUCUCUCACCAUGGCCCAGGUGUACAAGGACCACCAGGAUGAGGACGGCUUCCUCUACAUGACCUACGCCUCACAGGAGAUGUUCGGACACUGACUGCCGGCAUCUCAUUUAGAUUUUACUCAAAGGCUGCUGGCCUUGAUCUGCUGUAAAUAGGAAAAGAUUUUGUAUAUAGUCUAAUAUUUCUUAUCCAUUUUUGUGGCAGAUUUUAAGUAAAGUGGAUCAAAUAAAUUGUCAAAACUACA